GUUGUCAACAGUUUUAACUAUUUACUUCCUGUAUGAAAGCAAUGAAAUGGCACAAGCACCUGCGCCAAAAUGUAACAUUUGUAAGGAAGACAUCGCAAAAGUUUUUUGCUAUGAGUGCCACCAUUUCCUUUGUCAAUCAUGUAAUUCGUGGCAUGAAAAAUUUCCGGCAACCAAACGACAUACAGUCACGGAUUCGCAAUGUGUUGAUCGAUCCACACUCAUGCUUACACUUGUUUGUGAAGAUCACGACCUCGAAUUUGCUUAUUAUUGUCGGGACUGCGAAUGUCUAAUAUGCGUUCAGUGUGUUACGUCUGUCCACAAAGGACAUUCAUUUACGGACAUAGCGGAAGUUGCUGCGACUGCACGUGGAGAUGUAAAGAAUCGUCUUGAACAGAUCAAAGAUAACAUUAAAAAUUUAUCAGAUUUGAUUGAUGAUUUUAAAACAACGAAGCAAACAAAUCUGCAGACUGGUACCGAUAACUUUAUCACAGAAAUAAAUGUAGUUUCGAAAGAUUUGGUUAGAAUAAUAGAAACAGAAACCCAAACAAACUUGACAGAUGCAUCAGACUUUCUUGUGCAGGAGAAAAAACAAUUGUUAAACAAUGUGGCGAAGUUGGAAAAAUCAUGCAGUGAAUAUAGUUCUUUACAUGAAAGGUACGAGCAGAUUUUGAGAGAUAAACUUGAUGUCACAUUCUUUCUUAACCAGAAAUCUCUCGCGAAAGAAUUUGAAUCGCUAGAUGACAUCUCUCCUCCUGAAGAACCAAAGGAGAUAAAACCUUUAAAAACAGAUGGUUUUGUAGAUUCAGUUAUUGAACGAAUUGAAAAUCAGUUUAAUUUGAGUUAUCAGAGGAAUGCAGAAAGAAAGGAAAACCACAUUAAAUCUACUCAAAACAAGUCAGAAAAAAGACAAGCGGUUAACUUGAAUCUAUUUGGUGUACAACAAAUAACCAAGAUUAAUAUAGUCUCUGUAGCUAUUCAGAUAGGAAAGGAAGAAUCAGGAUAUACUUUUCAAAUGCUUCAUGACUUUAAUGACGAUCCCUGCAAGAAAUCGUAUGAUCCUCUUGUGAAAUUGCCAAAUUCCAUUUUACUAGAUUCAGAUAGAGGAUUUCUGGCCUUUGGCCAUGACGCUGAGGAUCAAUACUACGAGCUAGUUAGACGAGACAGCCAGCAGGAUUGUUUAUUUUUUAAACAAUUUACAAAGAAUAUUCAUAAGAUACAGGAUGGAGUUACAGAUAUUUACAAAUUAAAAGUGAAAACGUUUGAUCAGAAGAAGGAAUUAACAGCACUGGCGCUCUUUAGUUUGCUUAUCAACUUUUAUGUUGAUCAUGCAGAAUGUGGAAUUACUUCAUCUUCAAAGCUUUAUUCAACAGAUAUCAUUUGGGUUUUGAACGUACCUGCAUACUGGAACAGUAGUGUUAGGGAGAUUCUUGGUCAUGCUUCCAAAAAGAAAACCAUCCUUAUUUCUGAUCCUGAAGCAGUAUUAUUAUUUUGGAAAUAUUGGUCACUAAAUAACCGAUUAGACGACAAAUAUAGUUUGUAUCAACCAGAUAGCAAGUACAUUGUUUUAAAUGGUAGAGGCGAUAGCAUAGACCUUACAUGUUUAAAGGUAGAAGAAGAUAAAUCUUUGACACAGCUGAACAGGGUUAUGGUUUCGGAAUACAGCGAACUCUGUAAGAAGUUUAUUUUAAGCAUCGUAGGAAACGAUGUCUAUUCCAAGUUCUGUACACAGUAUCCUGAAGAAGAAAAAGAUAUGUUAAGAGAUUUCGAAAGCAGAUAUAGACAAUUCUCAUCUGCAUGUCUUCGCAAUGCAGAAAAAAUAUCAUUACCUUUGCCGGGGAACUUUUGCCAAUUAUGUGUAAAAGAUUUAGGUAAAGAUUUUAUUGAUCACACUGUUUAUUCCAAUAAAAUAAGAUGGUUAUCAGGUAUGUUACGAAUAAACACAGAUUUAUUUUUAUCACUUUUUGAUGAAGUAACAACCUGUGUUGUUAACUCGGUAAGAGAAAUGUUGAAAGAACCUGAUGUUAAAGACACAUCUCAUAUUAUUUUGACGGGACGAUUAAUGGAAUUGUCGAUUCUUUGCUGUAGAGUGCGAGAGACAUUUCGCGACAUAAAAAUAAUAGAAUUUCCGUUCCCCGAUAUAGUUGCUUUGAAAGGUGCUGUUAUUCUAGGACAUUAUCCGAAAGUUAGUUGUAAACGACUAUUUUACCGUUUAUAACUGCCCAUAUCAAAAACAAAAAAAAUAAUGGAACAAAAAAAGUCAUAUAUAUGUGUUAUUUACAGUAUAUAAUUUGAAGUUUUGAACAUGAAAUGUUAAUAUAUUUAAGAUAUAGUUAUUAAUGUAAUGUAAUAAUUUGGAAAAUAGCAGCAGAAGUUGGAUGUUUAAAAUCAUUGAUAUGAUAAAUUUCUGUAAAAUGUUAAAUUAUUCGAAACCAAGGUUGUUCUACCCGCCAAGUUUAGAUUGCCUUAUCCAUAUUUGGCACAACUUUUUGGAUUUUUUUGUUUUUAAAGCUCUUCAACUUCGUAUUUGAAUUGGCCUUUCAACUGUCUAUUCGAGCCUCACCGAUGAGUCUUAUGUAGACAAAAUGCCUGUCUUGUGUAAAAACUUAUCAGCCAGUUACCUUUGAUGAGUUUGUAAAGUAUCAUACUACUUUUGUAUUUAGUAUACUGACUUUGUAUUUUUGCAGUCGAUAGUUAUUCAAGCCUAUCUUAUAAACUAAAUUAAAAAUAAAAGCAUUAGAUGUUA